CACUACUACACGAAGAGCUCGCGGCAACGGAUCUAAAAAGAAAUAAAGAAUGAGAUCGCAGCUUUAACUCACCGGUUAUAGUAAGGAUCAAGAACCCCAUUCGAGGACACAGGAGGCGCGCAUUCCAAGGUCAACUCCAACUCCUUGCUGUCUUGCUCUUGUCUGUCACUCGACGGCACGCACACAGUACUGUUAGUACAUACCAGUUCAGUUCUCCCGUUCGCCACGUUGUAACUCAAAGAUCGACUGAUCCAGGCAUAUAAAUAACCGCUGUUCAGGCAUCCAUUAAUUACUGACGACUACACUGUAAUCUACUCGAGCUCUACAGAAUCCCAAGAUCGAAAUCGAUCGAGAGAGAUGAGCGGAGCACGUAGUGUUGUUGUUCUUCGUCAGUUCCCUGCUUCCGUCCUUGUGCUAGCAGCAUGGAUCGUGUUCUCCGUCGCUUCUUCUGAAGCGCAGCUAGAGGUCGGGUUCUACAACAGCACCUGCCCGAGGGCGGAGAAGCUCAUCCGCACCGUCGUCCGGGCCGCCAUCCGCCGAGACCCCGGCAAUGGCCCGGGGCUCGUGCGCCUCUUCUUCCACGACUGCUUCGUCAGGGGGUGCGACGCGUCGGUGCUCCUUGACGACGUCCCGGGCAGCACGGGCACCGUGGAGAAGAUGUCGCAGGCGAACAACCCGAGCCUGCGCGGGUUCGGCGUCAUCGGCCGCGCCAAGCGCGUCGUGGAGCGCCGGUGCCGGCGCACCGUGUCGUGCGCCGACAUCCUGGCCUUCGCGGCGCGGGACGCCAGCUUCGUCAUGGGGUCCGGCAUCGGCUACUACGACGUGCCGGCGGGCCGCCGCGACGGCCGCGUCUCGAACGUGUCGGAGGUGCUCAACAACCUGCCCCCGUCCUUCUUCAACGCCUCCCAGCUCGUGGCCAGCUUCGCCGCCAAGAACCUCACGGCCGACGACAUGGUCACGCUCUCCGGCGCGCACUCCUUCGGCCGCACCCACUGCGCCACCAUCGCCUUCCGGCUGUUCCCGCGGCUCGCGGCGGACAUGGACGUCUCCUACGGGAGGUUCCUCCGCAGGCGGUGCCCGGCGGCGACGGGGGGCCGGCGGGACCCCGUGGUGGAGCUGGACCCGGUCACCACGCUCCUGCUCGACAACCAGUACUACAACAACGUGGUGGCCGGCAAGGUGCCGUUCACGUCGGACGCCACGCUGCUGACCCGGAACGACACGGCGGCGCUCGUCGGCCUCUACGCAGGCAACCGGACGCUGUGGGCGACGCGGUUCGCGGACGCCAUGGUGAAGCUGGGCAACCUCGACGUGCUCACCGGUGACCAAGGGGAGAUCAGGAAAUUUUGCAACAGAGUAAACUAGUGCAUGCAUCCCACUGCUGCUGCGUCAGUGCUAGUAGGUUUUUUUUUAUUCGUUGUCUUUGCUGAUCAGAACGAUUCAUUGACA